AUGAAAGUGUAUAAUUAUUAUAAUAGCCAUAACAUUGUGCUGUAUGGAUCAUGGGCAAACAACAACAGACCUUCCUUAGUUAGAUUACCUUUAACAACCGAUUAUUGUUUUGUAAAUUUACGUUUUCGUUGGGGACCAAACGAUUAUGAAGGAUCAGAACAUAUGAUAAACUUUUCUAGGUUUUAUAUGGAACUACAAGCAGCAUUCACUAAAAGUAUUGAACCAGUUACUUUGUCAUUGUUAAUGCCAGUAUUUGAACGAGACUAUUUCUGUUAUGUGGGAUCACUUACGUUUCUUCCUUGUACGGAGGGGGUUACGUGGAUAGUCAAACCUAAACCAUUGAUGAUAUCGUCCCACCAAGUAAAGCAAUUUAGAAAAGUUUGAGGAUACAAUGUUAAAAUAAAAACUAGCACACGACCAGUACAACCAAUUAAUGACCAUGAGAUAUUCUCUUACGAUUGA